UGUCAACGUGAGCUCGAUACUAGGCGACACAUAAACAAGAUGGCCGCGUCCGAGUCGGCCACUAUCAUUGAAGAUUUAAAGGAUGAGCGGGUUCCACCUGCACUGUAUUGGACAACUGAACAGGUUGCAGAAUGGAUAGAAGAACUUGGAUUUCCUCAUUACAAGUCAUGCUUUACGACCAACUUUAUUGAUGGAAGACGAUUAAUGCGAAUUGAGGCUUCAGCUUUACCAAGAAUUGGAAUUGUAGACUUUGAACAUAUAAAGAUUAUUGCCAAAAGCAUCAGAGACCUGUUGCGGGUAGAAGAACCUGAUUGGACAAGAAGCAUUUCCAUACCCCCUCGAAGUGACUUAGGGAUGUAUCUUGAGAUGAAGAGCAAUCGUGGAAAAUACAUGGACACAACAACAUUUGAGCAGUUUCUGCAAGAUUACCCUAAUCCCAAAUGGCAGCCACCAUUAGCCAAUGUUGGCCUCAUCCUGCCUCGCAUCAGAUGAUUCUUUAGGAUGAUUAUCUCUUCUCAGGAUCUGAACCAAAAUUUUGUGAUUUUAGAAACCAUUUCUGAACUGUUUCGAAGAGGCACUACAAAGAUUUGAAAGUUGAACAUUAAGCAUUAAAAGUCAAUUUAAGUACUAUUUCCAAACAAAAACUAUGAAUUUGGCUGGGAACAGGAUUUUACGAUGUUUUUCUGAAAAAGUAUUCUAUGAUACUAAGGAGCAAACAUCUCAUUUGGAAAAGUACAGUUUCAUGUGGGAAUUUUUUUUGUAAUACAACCUAUAUUCAUCGUGUAUAAAUGCACAUUCCCAUCUGAUGCUACUCUAAUGAUAGUACGAAUUUUGACUUACUAGACCUCUCUCUUCGCCAUGUGCUGACUCCCUAUUGCUCUGUGAAGUCUCGUUUUGGCCAUAUGUUGCUUCCCAAAAAACAGAAUAUAGCCCUCACAGCAAACGACUCCCAAAUCUUUAAGCAUAUACUUAAAGAAUGACUACAUUUCUAGGUGCACAAGAAGCUAACAUUUGAUAUAACUGCAGGCAUAACAGAAAAAAGGACAUCUGAAGGAAAUAAAAAACCAAUUACUCUGGCAGACCACAGGCCUGGGAAUAACAACUAUUUGAUCCAUAAACAAAAGAACCAGAUCCAGCAGUUAAGCAAAUAUAGAUUUAUAUACAUUUAAAAAAAAAACAUCUUAUUUGUGACAACCAUCAGUAGCUAGCUUUUUUAAAUGCAUUUUUUUUGAAAACUUUUAAAGAUAUUUAAACAUAAUUUUAGCACUAUUUAUGCAUAGUUGCAGUCCUGCAUUUUUUUAAUAUUUUGUGCUGACUACAGCAAGAGGUUAUCAUGUAUUUUCUGAUGUUUUAUUUACAUUCUGAUUUAUUUACUUACAUCUUGACUCAAGCUACAUUUGAGUUCAUCAGACACUUUCUAAAUGAACAGCUGCAAUGUUUACUGUGAAAGAACUGUGACCAUAACACCAAUUGUUAUAUCUAAAUUGGUAUGAAACAACAGGGACAAGAGCUUGUAAAAGGUCUAGUACACACUGGUUGGUGAUGUGUUUUUCGUUUACUGUUUACUGUUCAUGUAAAGGCAUAAUAAUCACCUACACCUAAAUCAUUUAUAAUUGCUUGAAUGUGCACAUUAUUGGAGAAGAUUUCACUUAAGGAGAAAACUAAAAAAAGCAACUCAAAAUACAGUAUAUUUAAACAGA